UCGCGCAUAGGCGCAGGCGCAGAAGUCGAUGCCCAUAAAAGGAACGGGCAGCGGUCACGUGGUCCUCCCCCAUGGGCGGACCCCUAUAUAAGCGUCGAGCGGGCGGCGCCUCGGCCGCAUUUUCCGCUGCUCCAGCCCUGAUAACACCUUUUUUUGAAUCCUCCUCAUCACCAUCAUGUCUUCUGAAGAAGGAAAGCUGUUCGUUGGGGGGCUGAACUUUGAUACUGAUGAACAAGGCCUGGAGCAGCAUUUCAGCUCCUUUGGUCCCAUUUCAGAAGUUGUUGUGAUCAAGGACAAAGAGACCCAGAGAUCAAGGGGCUUUGGCUUCAUCACCUUUGCCAAUCCUGAGCAUGCAUCUGAUGCCAUGAGAGCCAUGAAUGGAGAGUCUGUAGAUGGACGCCAGAUCAGAGUUGACCAUGCUGGAAAAUCAUCUCGUGGAUCCAGAGGUGGAUACUUCGGAGGCAGGGGGCGAGGCCGUGGAUAUUCCCGAGGUGGGGGAGACAGAAGCUACGGUGGACGCUAUGACAACCGAAGUGGAGGUUAUGGUGGUUCCCGAGACUAUGGCAGAAGUCAGGGAGGCUAUAAUGACCGCUACUCUUCAGGAGGCUCUUACAGAGACAACUAUGACAACUGAGCUCACACCGAGUAAAAAUCCUUCCUGAAUCAAGAUCGUCCUUCCAAUGGCCGUAUUUAUAAAGAUUUUUGGAGCUUCGCUGAAUCUUGUUUAGUUACCUACUUGUAUCUUCCCCUUAUAUAGCUUUUGUCACAUGCAGCCUGAAAGCUUCCUCUGCAAGAUGGUCUGUUUAGAUUUUGCUCAAGAAUUGGUUUUUUUUUUCAAGAGUGGUUUUUAAGCAUUUUUGAAACCCAGUUUUAUUUGUCUUCCUUUCUCAAUCCAAGGUUCUCUUUUAACUUGACACAUGGGGUCUUACAACUUAAAAGUGAUGGAAGCUCAGCAAUUUUUUUUAAAUAGUGCGAUGCACUAAAUUUCAACUUUUUAGUAUUGCAAGGGAAGGUGACAAAAGUUGAACCACCUUGGUAUUACUAAAGCGUUAAAUGAUUUCACGUUGGUCACGUAAAAGCUGUUUUACUGUAAAGUAAACCCAGAACUCAAAUUUGAACUUUGAGCGGUUCUUGAAAAUGUUUGUUUAUAUUGUCCUUUUUUUACUGGAAGAAACGUGCAUAAAUCGUUUGAACAUUGUAUUUGAAGUGGAUAAGGAAGUUCCUGUACUGAGUGUUUGGCUUUACGAAGCCCAUUAAAAUCCCAUCUGAAACAA